AUGGGUUCUAUUGCACAACAUCAGACGUUCGACAUCAUCGUUGUUGGAGCAGGCUUUAGCGGCCUUUACCUACUUCACAAGUUUACUCGGGAAGGCUUCUCGGUACGCCUCUUGGAGGCAGCUCCUCGCCCCGGUGGGACAUGGUACUGGAACUGCUAUCCCGGGGCACGUGUCGACACGGAAGUGCCCCAGUAUCAGUACACAAUUGAUGAGACAUGGGCCGAUUGGAAUUGGAAACAACGUUUCCCUGGCAGAGAUGAGCUGGUUGACUAUUUCGAGCACGUCACUGAUGUUUGGGACCUGAAAUCGCACAUUGACUACAACACACGCGUCAGCGGUGCUCACUGGGAUGAGCAAUCACUCCAAUGGGCGGUCGAGGUCAACGACGACCCAAACCCUCGCUAUCGCAGUCAGUUUCUUUGCCUUUGCAUAGGGUUCGCUGCGAAGUCCUACACGCCACCAUUCAAAGGCUUAGAAAACUUCAGAGGGGAUCUUUACCAUACUUCACAAUGGCCGCAAGAUGGUGUAACCCUCGAUGGAAAGCGUGUAGGCGUGAUUGGGACAGGUGCCUCCGGAGUCCAAGCUAUCCAGAAUAUUGCGAAAGUGGCAUCGCACUUGACAGUGUUUCAAAGAACACCGAACACGUCCAUUCCCAUGACCAAUCCGAACUUUGACGAUGCCCAAAAUCAAUACAUUCGGGACAACAUUCCACGGUGGCGUGAGAAGCAGUUUGCUUCCUACGCUGGUUUCAACUAUGAUUUCAAGCCAGAAAAAGGGGCUGAGGCUUCGGAAGCGGAGAGAUUGAGAACAUACGAGGAUCUCUGGAGUACCGGCGGUCUACACUUCUGGCUGGGUAACUACUCCGAUAUGCUCCAGGACAAGAAGGUCAACGACACUGCAUAUGCGUUCUGGCGCGAGAAGACCCUCCCCCGAAUCAAGGACCCAAGGAAUGCCGAAAUCCUUGCUCCAGAGAAGCCGCCACAUCCAUUUGGUGCGAAGCGGAUCAGCUUGGAGCAAAGCUAUUUCGAGGUGUUCAAUCAACCAAAUGUCGACUUGGUCGAUGUCCGCGCACACCCGAUCACGGAACUUGUUCCUGAGGGUGUCAAAACAGCGGAUGGUGCGGUACAUGAACUCGACGUAUUGAUAAUGGCUACUGGCUUUGAUUCGAUUAGCGGCAGCAUGCUUCAACUCGACUUGCGUGGUACCGGUAGGCAGCAUAUUACCGAAAAAUGGGCGAAUGGGGUUUACACAAAUUUGGGCAUGAGCAUUCACGGCUUUCCUAACAUGUUCUUUGUCUACGGGCCACAAGCACCCACAGCAUUUGCCACUGGUCCAAUCUCGGCUGAAGUCCAAGGAGCGUGGAUCGUCAGAUGCAUAAAAUACUUGGCUCAGAACUCUAUCAGAACCAUUGAGGCCACAGAGGAAGCUGAAAAGAAGUGGAGAGAGCAUGUGAACGUCGAGGGUUUCAAAGGAUUGUUUGCCGAGGGCCAUAGUUGGUGGUAUGGCGAGAAUAUCCCCGGCAAACCAAGGGAGGCUCUCAAUUACAUGGCGGGGAUGCCAGCAUACAAGAGAUGUUGUUCAGAAAGCGAGAUGCAAGGCUACAGUGGAUUUGUUUUGUGUUAG